GUAACAGUGACAACAAAAAUAAAAUAACCAUGCGAAAGUAAACUUCCACAUGUUAUUUAAAAUAAUAAAUAAUUUAUAAUUUCCUUACUUUCUAAGACAAGGUUUGACAAUACGAUUUAAUAAUGGGUAAACUAAAUGUAUCAUUAAUGAGAUAUCUCACCAACGAAGACUUCAGAGUGCUAACAGCAAUAGAAAUGGGUAUGAAGAAUCAUGAGUUAGUACCUGGCCCCAUGGCAGCGUCGAUUGCUAACUUACAGCACGGCGGAGUUCAUAAACUACUUAGAGAAUUAUGUAAACACAAACUUCUAAGUUAUGAACGCGGUAAACGCUACGAUGGGUAUCGGUUAACUAAUGCUGGAUAUGAUUAUUUAGCUUUGCAUUCCCUGACAAAGCGUAACAUUAUUGCUUCUUUUGGAAAUCAGAUUGGAGUCGGAAAAGAAAGUAACAUAUACAUUGUAGCAGAUUCAGAAGGGCAAGAAAUAUGUUUGAAGUUGCAUAGAUUGGGUAGAGUAUGUUUUAGGAAAGUUACAGAGAAGAGAGAUUAUCAUAAACAUAGAAAAUCAGCAUCUUGGCUUUAUUUAUCUCGGAUAUCAGCCACUAAAGAAUUUGCUUAUAUGAAGGCUUUGUAUGAUAGAAAAUUUCCAGUUCCAAAACCUCUUGAUUUUAAUAGACAUUGUGUAGUAAUGGAACUUGUACAAGGUACCCUUCUGAAUCAUAUUUCAGAAGUAAAGGACGUUGAAGCAUUGUAUGAUGAACUGAUGAAUCUGAUAAUUCGGUUCGCUGAUUCUGGAGUCAUUCACGGAGACUUUAAUGAAUUUAAUAUUAUUUUAACUGAAGAUGAAAAACCUGUUAUCAUAGAUUUUCCACAAAUGAUGUCGACAGAACAUGCAAAUGCUGAGUUUUAUUUUAAUAGGGACGUAAACUGUGUAAAAGAGUUUUUUAAGAAAAGAUUUAACUAUGAAAGUGAGACAUACCCAACAUUUAGUGAUAUAGAAAGGACAGAUAAUCUAGAUGCUGAAGUUUUUUGUACAGGGUUUACAAAAGAAAUGGCUAAAGAUAUCAAUUUAGAAUUAGGGAUUGAAAAGAGCAGUGAAGAGAGUGAUAGUGAAUCAGGUGAUGAAUUUCAUGAUACGGAAGAAAUAGUAGAAGAUUCUAAUUACACAUCCAUUGAAACAAUUAUGAAAGAACUAAGAAAUGAUAAAAUGAGUAAGUCAGAUUGUCAAGAAGAAUGUGGUAAUGAUAGUACUGAAAAUGAUGAUUUUGAAUCGAGGAGUGUUAGAUCAACUGCAACUACAAUUCAUCCAGAUGAAAUAAAAAGAAGAAUAAAGAAGCAACUGACAACAAAAGAGACUAAAAAUCAACAGAAAAGAUGUGUGGCAAAGGGUGAAGCCAAUGCGGUAACUCGAGUAAGAAGGGAAAACAGGGAUACUGUAAAGCAAAGUGGGGGAGUGUGGGGAUAUGAUUAAAGGAUGUAUUAGUUUGAUAUAACAGUUAUAUUUGA